GACUUGGACGUGGACUGGGACGACCUUUGGGAUCAGUUUGAAGAGCGGAGGUACCUGAGUGCCCGGAGGUGGAAGGGCGGCGAGGACCCAUACCGGCUCCACGCCUUUAACCAGCGGGAGAGCGAGAGGAUCCCCAGUGACCGCGCCGUCCGUGACACCCGCAAUCACAGGUGUAUGACUUUGCACUAUCGCCAGGACCUCUCACCAACCAGCGUCAUCAUCACCUUCCACAACGAGGCCAGGUCGACCCUGCUAAGGACCAUUCGGAGCACUGUCAUGGAUUUUCUCUCUUCAUUCUUGAACCGCACCCCAGUGCACCUCGUCCAUGAAAUCAUACUAGUGGAUGACUUCAGUGAUGAUCCUGAUGACUGCCGCUUGUUGGGCAAGCUCCCCAAGGUGAAGUGCUUGCGGAAUGGACGGCGAGAAGGUCUGAUCCGGUCCCGAAUCCGAGGGGCAGAUGUGGCACAAGCAGGAGUCCUGACCUUCCUCGACAGUCACUGCGAGGUGAAUAAGGACUGGCUGCUCCCUCUGCUGCAGAGGGUCAAAGAGGAUCCCACCCGAGUGGUCAGCCCCAUUAUUGACAUCAUCAACUUGGACACUUUUGCAUAUGUGGCAGCUUCCUCAGACCUCAGAGGAGGUUUUGACUGGAGUCUUCAUUUCAAAUGGGAGCAGCUUUCCACAGAGCAGAAAGCCAAAAGACUUGAUCCCACUGAACCGAUUAAGACUCCCAUCAUUGCUGGGGGACUGUUCGUGAUAGACAAAGCCUGGUUCAACCAUCUGGGCAAGUACGACAGUGCCAUGGACAUCUGGGGUGGGGAGAACUUUG